ACACUUCGUAGUUCCGCAAUGGAGGACCACGGUAUGAACCGCAUGCAGGAGCUGCUGAGCAGCUACUACGGGCUGCAGGACCAGGAGAGCAGGCAGGAACAACUGCGCAACAUCGACUCACCUGGUUUCGAUCCCAAGAUCUACGUCAAGGAGUUGCUGACGACCCGCGGGCUUAACGAUCUUCUGGCAACGGACGACAAGCUGAUCCGUGAGAUCAAAGAUCUGGACACCAACAUGCAGAUGCUCGUGUACGAGAACUACAACAAGUUUAUCAGCGCCACAGACACGAUCCGCAAGAUGAAGAAUAACGUGGCGAGUAUGGAGGACGAGGUGGGCCGUGUGGUCAAGAGUAUGGACACUAUCACAGCCAAGAGCGAGAGUAUCAACGUGGCUCUGGCACCGCAUCGCUCCAAAGUGGAGAAGCUCAUCGGCGUGCGGAGAUUGCUCAAGAGGUUCGAGUUCAUUUUUGAACUGCCUCAACGACUAAGCACUGCUGUGAAGCAGAAGGAGUACGCUAAUGCUACCAAGUAUUACUUGCUGGCACGUCGGAUUCUGGGAAGAUAUGAGCAUAUUUCGUCCUUCAAAGCGAUUCAAAUGGAAGCAGAGAAAAUUAUCCAGCAACUCGAACGUCUACUCAAGAAGCGGAUGCUGGAUACCACUCUCGAGUCCAAGGAGCUCUGCGACACGGUAGUGCUCCUGCACCAACUAGAUGCAUGCAACGACGAGAUCCGAGACCAGUUUUUGGAGUGGCAUCAAGCGUACUUUGAGCGAGCGGUAGCCGUGUCUAAGACUCAAGGCACGACCAGCUCGGUGCUUGGCUUCCUACAAAGAUUCAACGCAGAUGUUUUGACGAAAAUGGGUCGAGUAUUCUCAGUGUACAAGACCCACUUCUUGCCUGAAGUGGUCACGCGCGAGAAAAUGUCAACGUCGCGAAAAUCUUCUGAUGCGGUUCGAGACGAUUUGUUCCUCAGCUUCGUGAAAGAAUUGUUUGCGCUGUAUUCAGGCGAGUGUAUUGUCCAGUUCCGACGCCCCCACACAAACUUUGGACCAACGGACGAAGUUAUUGACGUGCUGCAGGACGAGAAUUUCUCGUCAGCUGUCGUGGAGAGCGAGUACUUUGUGUUUAUGCGCGUGAUGAAGUUCUUUGUCUCACAAGUCGAGGAAGUCGAUAGAACUAUUCCGAUGUGUGGACUGGCCGCGAGCGCCACUGAGAUUGUGGAGAACUGUGUGCGUUUCCAGAUCGAAGGUGUCUUCAGAAAGCUACGUGAGGAUACUGCGGAGUUGUUUAUCACGUCUCACGAGGAUGUCUCGGGGCUGGCACGAAGCUCACGUGAUGGCGGACAGAGCGUUCAGCCGCUAGCACAGCACUCUGCGAGGGAGUUUACAGACAUGAUGCAGAAGGUGCUGCAGCAGAUGGAGCCGAUGGUGCAAACAGGUUUCGCUAUCCUCUCCGAGCUCAGUCGUCUCUUUUCUGACUUGGUCCAGAGUCAAUUUUACGAUUUCCUCAAGUGGUUUAACGCAGCGGUGCUCCAGUAUGCGGAACCAAAGCGUGCGUUUGCGGAUGGACCGCGAGGAACACGAGAAGAGCAAGACAGCGUAGCGCUUCCAUCGCUGGAGUCAACUCCCCAGUUUUUGCUGUUUCUGGCUUGCCUGUGCCAAGAGUUGUCGACUGAAGGUAUCGGCGAAUGUGUGCGUGGGCUCAUUGAGUGUUUGCCAGCUCCUCUCUCUCCGUCAAGACACUCCGAGUCGAUAGGAAGUCGUCGGAUGAACCAGCAGGACGUAACGCACAUGAUCGAAGUGACUCGCGAGUCCUCAGCAGAGCUCCUGCAGCAUGUCGCUAAACAUUAUGGCAACCAGUUAUGUGUAAUUGUCCACAAUGGCGUGGCUGCUACGUCGUGGGCUGACAUGGAUGAGGAGCCAAGAAGUGUCCAGGAAAUGAUGGCUGCUGUCGUUGAAGCCACGUUCCGUUUCGGCAAAGAAGUCGCGUUGGCACUUGGCGAUGAACAGAACAUCUUUAUCGGCCAUAACAGUCGCACUGCGAGUCGUGACUUCCGUCGACGCGCUAGUGCUCUACGGUCUCGCAAUGCUGGAGUUGCUAGUGCGACGUCAGGCAUGCAGCUAGACGUGGAUCGUAUCUUUGCUCGCAAAAUCCAAAUCUUUUCGUCGCAACAAGAGCUUACGGCGGAUGCAUUCGUCCACACAAUGUUGAAGAUGUGCAUCAAGGCCUUCAGUGAGUGGGUGAGGCUGCUGGAGCUGUCGAAGUUUGGAUUGCAGCAAAUCCAACUGGAUGCUGAGUUCCUACGCAGCACUUUGCUGCACAUUGUGGUGGCUGGUGAAGCUGAGGAAGAAGUGGAGAGUCUGCUGUCUGACCUUCUCUCGAACGCUCGUGCACGAGCGGUUGAAGACGUGUUGAUGGACCAGAGCAACGUUGUGGCCAUUGUGAGUACCAAGAGCACUCAAGUGUUGUCACGUCGAGGCUGA